AUGUUCGACACUGCCAAGUAUUAUAUCGCUUCUGAAGGAAAGAAAUUGAACUUCUUCUUGGCAUGGGCUCUGGCUCAAGUCGUGACUGUCAGCUCAGGUCUCACCUCAUAUCCAUGGGAUACUGUGCGUCGACGGAUGAUGAUGCAGUCUGGGAGGUCCGAUGUGCUAUACAAAAACACUCUUGAUUGUGCUACGAAGAUCAUUAAGAAUGAGGGUCUUGCUGCAAUGUACAAGGGAUCACUGUCGAACAUUUUCCGUAGUACCGGAGGAGCUCUUGUGCUGGCCAUCUACGAUGAAAUUCAAAAAUGGAUCAAAAUUGUUUAG